UAAUGUUUCCAAACGAAGCAGAUCCCCAAACCCUCGACUCAAUCUCUACCAAGGACUCGUAGUUUAAAGCUGCGCCACACUUGUUCCAUCAACUUUAUCCAUUUCUCUUAACUGGGAAUAAUCAUCUACCAUUUUUCAGUGGCUGCUUUUUUUGCCGCAUGUAUACAAUAUUUUAAUAUAAAUCCUUUGAAUUUAUGACUGACACAUAUUGCAGUCUUAACUUGUAUUGUAUUGUAUCACUGUGGCCACAUUUCUUUCAAACUUGGGCUCAACUCAAGUGAGCCUACUAUCAAGUCUUCGCUCCAGCAAUCUCAAUUGAGUGUCCAGGUCAAGACUUGAGAACUUUGUCCAUAAGUUGCUACUUAAGCCGUCUUUGUGUUAGAUAAUAUUUGUAGGAGUGUGAUUACUUAUUAGUGCAUUAUGGCGCCAAAAGCAUUAGACUAUGAAUCAUUGAACGAAGAUGUGAAAAGGGUUCAAUAUGCUGUUAGAGGCGAAUUGUAUCUUCGAGCAUCUGAGCUUCAGAAGGAAGGGAAGAAGAUUAUUUUUACAAAUGUUGGCAAUCCUCAUGCACUAGGACAGAGGCCAUUGACUUUUCCUCGGCAGGUGGUUGCUCUUUGCCAGGCUCCAUUUUUACUAGAUGAUCCAAAUGUAGGAUUGCUUUUCCCUGCAGAUGCAAUUGCAAAAGCUAAACAUUAUCUUUCAAUGACUACAGGGGGUCUAGGUGCUUAUAGCGAUUCUAGAGGUCUUCCUGGAAUAAGGAAGGAGGUAGCCGAGUUCAUUGGAAGGCGUGAUGGUUAUCCAAGUGACCCAGAACUCAUAUUUCUGACUGAUGGUGCAAGCAAGGGAGUGAUGCAGAUUUUAAAUUGUAUUAUCCGUGGGGCAGGGGAUGGGGUUCUGGUUCCAGUUCCACAGUACCCAUUAUACUCGGCUACAAUUUCUCUAUUUGGUGGUUCUCUUGUUCCUUAUUUUCUAGAGGAGACAGCAAAUUGGGGACUUGAUGUUAAUGAUCUUCGCCAGUCAGUUGCACAAGCUCGUUCUAGAGGAAUCACUGUGAGAGCAAUGGUUAUUAUUAAUCCUGGCAACCCAACUGGCCAGUGUCUUAGUGUAACUAAUCUAAGAGAAAUUAUUCAUUUCUGUUACCAAGAAAACUUAGUCUUACUUGGAGAUGAGGUUUAUCAGCAGAAUAUUUACCAGGACGAGCGCCCCUUCAUCAGUUCUAGGAAGGUACUGAUGGAUAUGGGGCUGCCCUUCAGCAAAGAGGUUCAACUCGUUUCCUUCCACACUGUUUCCAAAGGGUAUUGGGGUGAAUGUGGGCAACGAGGUGGAUAUUUUGAGAUGACCAAUAUUCCUCCUAAGACAGUUGAUGAGAUCUAUAAGAUUGCAUCAAUAUCACUGAGUCCGAAUGUCCCAGCACAGAUAUUUAUGGGAUUAAUGGUCAACCCACCCAAGCCUGGAGAUAUUUCAUAUGAUCAGUUUGUUAGGGAAAGUAAAGGGAUCCUUGAAUCACUGAGGAGGAGAGCAAGGAUGAUGACUGAUGGAUUCAACAGCUGCAGAAAUGUCGUUUGCAAUUUCACAGAAGGUGCAAUGUAUUCAUUCCCUCAAAUACGCCUGCCUCCAAAAGCAAUAGAGGCUGCCAAACAAGCGGGGAAAGUUCCUGAUGUUUUCUACUGUCUCAAGCUUUUGGAAGCCACUGGCAUCUCCACUGUACCUGGUUCAGGGUUUGGCCAGAAAGAAGGGGUCUUCCACCUGAGGACAACCAUCUUACCAACUGAGAAAGACAUGCCUGAAAUCAUGGCCAGUUUCAAGAAGUUCAACGACAAGUUCAUGGAGCAGUAUGAAGACUUUAUGGGCUGUUCAAGAAUGUGAGCAAUGUUUCAAAUUCCCAGAAUCUGUACUAUACUUUUCGGCUAUACAAGCCUUAAAAUUCUCGUAUACCCUUAGUCCUACUUUGACUAAAACUUCAAUAAGUUGAAGAUUGAAUAUUA